AUGCCACCUGAAUCCUCAAAGCUCGAUGAAAAUACUCUCGCUAAGUUGGAGUCAAGCAAUUGGCAAGAGCGUAAAGAAGUUUUGGAGGUAAUCAGUAACCAGCUAAAAUGUUCUACAUUAGCUGAUACGAUCUGUGGUCUUGUGACAAAAGCACUAUGUCAAGUAAUUACAUCUGAUAAACAUUCAAUGCUGGUAAUUCGUGCAGCUGUUGUCUUAUCUGAAGUAGCUGAAUCAAUGAAAAAUGGUUUUGUUGUUCAUUCAGAACGGGCUUUAACUGCAUGUCUAUUGAAGUUUAAAGAUACUAAGGCUAAUUUAUCACAAGCUUUACGUUUGGCCACAACUGCCAUUGUGGAUACAAUGCCUUUUGAUUUGGCUUUAGUACAACUCCAAACAGCGUUAAAUAAUACUCCAGUGGCAAAAACACAGACUGAAGCUUUACGUUUGCUCGCCCAUUUAUUUUGUAAAAGUAAUCUAAGACAAGAACUUCAACUUUCACAACGUUUGAAAAUUUCAAAACCUUUUUUGACUAAUGUUGCUAAAUUUUCUCAGCACAAAACUCCAGAAUGUCGUGAUGCGUGUUUUCAAGUGUUUGCUGCAAAUCGCAUUUUUUUAAACUUGAACAGUAAACAAUUCAAUGAUAUUAUUGAUAACAUGUUAGACGAAUCACGACGUGUCAAAGUAGAUGCUGCUUUCGCACAGUUAAAUGAAGGUAUAUUACGAGAUAAUAUAGCCAACACUAACUCUGAUUCACCAAAGUUGAUCACGAAAUCUAAAUCUAAAGGUUCACAUUUUCAACAGCAACAACAACAACAACUAGUCAACGAUUUUGAUUUUCCUGUUACCCCCAUCAGAGCAUCACCCAGUAUCUCAAAUAAACCUGGUAAAACUGGAAAACAGGCAUUACAUAAAAUUUUGAAAAGCCCUACACGAAAUCAUAUAUCAUCUAGUACCCCAUUUUCAACAAAUCAAAAGCCUGCAUUACAUGAUGUUAAACAAAAUGUUAAAAUAUCAGCUUCAAAAUUGGGUCCAUCGAAAAUCCCUUCUUCAAUCAAACGUGAAGGAUUAAAACAACCUCCUGGGAGGGGCAAAACAAAAGUCGGAAAUCAAAACGGUACCAAGCCAAAAGUUGAUAGUUUCCAACCCCAAGAUUUGAAUUUAUCUCCAAAUCAUUUACGGAAUAAGCUUUCUGAAACAUAUUUUGUAAAUUUACCAUUAGAACAACUUACUGAUACAUCUUGGAAGAUUCGUUUACAAAUUACUGAACGUAUCAAUGCUAUUAUUGAUUCUACGCCUCCAGAAUACCCUGAUAUUCAUUACUUAUCUCAAUAUAUUCUACAUUGUGGUACAGUGAAAGAUACUAAUUUUCGUGUCCGUUGCGAAAUCCUAAACAUCCUGUCGAAAUUAUUAUCACGAAAUCAAUCUCAAAAUUGGAUUCCUACAAAUUUAAUGGUAUCGCUUUGUGAUCAGUUAUUUGCUACAAUUGGAGAUUCUAAAUCCGGUCCUUUAGUUGAACAAACUCUUCGACAUUUAAUGAAUGUUAUUGGCUUCCCAAAAAUCGUUGAAUGCAUUUAUACUGGUUUGAAAAAACACGUUUCUCCUACAAUUCAUUCUUCACUUAUAAAAUGGUUAUCUUCCUCCGUAAAAUCGUUAAAUUCCAAUUUUGAUCACCAACUACCUAUAGAAAUUGUGAAAUUUGGACUUGCCUCUCCUUCACCUGAUGUACGUGGUUCUGCAAUUGAACUAGCUGGUGCACUUUACGCUUGUUUGCAUUCUACUAUCAAUAUUCGUUCAUUUUUCUCAUCUGAAAAGCCAGCAAUACUACAACGUCUCGAAGCAGAGUUUGCAAAUAUUGAUAAAAAUACUGUUUCACCUUCGGAUUCUAAAAAUAAUAGUUCAACAUGCUAUGAAUUAGAAGCGUUAACACCAGCUGCUGUUGAAGCAUGGUCUGUUAAAGAAAGAAGAAUGACAGCUUUGAUAGGACCAAUUUCACCAUUACAAAGGCUUACUAAUGCUGAGGGUGUUUUGGAAUUUUCCGAUUCAGAUGAAAGUCCAAUUGCAGAACGUAGUUCAGUGCCAUACAAGAAAGGUUUCAUUGAAGCAGUAACAAAACAACCGACACAACAAGAAAAUGUAGAUUGUGUUGUCGGUAAAACAACUUAUGUGACUAGUUCCAAUAUUUCUGAUACUAUUUUCUUUGUUGAAUCCAAUGAUGAAACAAGUUUACUACAAACUAAAGAAAUACGCUUGGAAAAUUUAAAAAAGCACAAAAUGAUCAGUAAGGAUGAAUUGCAACAUUUGUUUGAUGAAUCACAUAUUCAUCCUAAUCUAAAGAAACAUUUAUUCUCUACAUCAUAUGAAAGUCAUCUUGAAGCAUUGGAUAGAUUAAUUUCUUCAUUGAAUCGUAAAGAUACCAAUACAAUACCAUCACCAUUAAUUGUUACCUAUGCUCAUUUUGAUUUAAUUUUAAUGUGGAUUGAAGAAUAUUGUUUUGGAUAUUGGUUGAAAGGUGAUUUUCAACAAUCGGAAUAUAAUGAUUGUAAAACUGUUUUAGGUCGUGCUUUCGAUUAUUUGACCGCUGUAAUUUCGUUAUUUGCUCAGAAUGAUUUGAGAUUAAGUGAACAAGAAGUGAAUAUUAUUCUUAUUCCAUUAUUAAAUUGUCAACUUCAAUCAGUAACUGUCUAUAAAGAUUCAGUGAUUUAUCGUAAUGCAUCGGAUUCCAUACAUCUUAUCCGUCAAGUUUAUCCUCCUAGUUUAUUGAUGGACAUACUUGUUAAGUAUAUGCAUCAGUGUAGUACUGCGAAAAUGCGCCAAAUUUGUCUUGAAGAAUUACUCAGUCUGAUACCGCGCUCCGUCGAUCCAAGAGGAUUUACUUCAGAACUCUGCUUAAAACUAAUUGCUCAACAACUUGCUGACUCUGAUUCUGGUGUGAAGAAGUCUGCAUUAAAUUGUUUAUGUGUAGCUUAUAAAUCUUUAGGACCCCUAUUUUGGCAGCAUGUUGGUAACCUUCCAGAAAAGGAUAAAAGAUUACUUGAACAAUAUCUGUCAUCAUCUAAUACUGACCUAACUUCAGCUGUUUCAAAUCACGUUGAUGAGUUUUCAAUAAAAACACCUUUUCAGUUUUCUACAGCAAGAGAUACUUCAAUAAUAACUGCACCUUAUACAGGAGAGUAUAGUCGUACUAAACGACCUGAAAGCCCACCACCACUUCACUUGUCUCCAGCCGCACCUUCUCUUCUAUUACCAUUAAUUACUGCACGUGACAAUCCAUCCUUAAGUGAAUCAGACAGAAUAGCAGCUUCAAAUCAACUUACUGUAGCUUUAUCUUGUUUAGUUGACCAGUUAGGAGGUUUUGUGUUGGACGAUAAUGUGCAAGAUGAAAAUCGUAUACCACCAACUGACAACUACCAGGUCUACACUGAUGAAAACGAAGAUGAUCGAUCGGGUUUCAAUAACAUCGUCCUUGGGGCUCUUAUCGACUUGGAAGUAUUGAUUCAGGAUCCACGAACAUGUAAUCUACUUCCACCCUUUAUGCCACAAAUUAUCACUCAGCUGACGUUACUUUGUAACCGUUUGUACAAAAGUGAAUCUAACGCAGGUCAAGCGAUUUUCAUGGAUUGUCUAGGCGGUGAAUUAAUAUGUAUUUUUACACAACCUUUCCUCUAUCGUGAGGUUAAGGCUGAUGAUUUAAAAUAUUUAUUGGGUGGUCUAAUACAACUUGCUGAACGAUUACAACUAAAUCGUAACACUCCUUUCAUGUUAACGAAUCCUCGUAUUAUAACUAUAAUGAAAUUAGUUCGAUAUAUCUAUACUGCUGUUGAUCCCUCUAUUGGAUUGAGUGUUCUUCUACGUUUGGUUCAUAUUUGUUGUUUUGGUUGUGAUAUAUUAUGUCAUCAGACCAGAUAUGAAGGUCAGAACAUUUACCCUUCUGAUCCCAUGCAUCGUAUGGAUGAACCUUUCCCUUCAGAUAUGAAGUCGGUUUCGUUCUCCAAAGUUGCAAAUCUUUCACUUGCUCAACUUGCUUGUCGAAGUUCUGAAAUUAGAAAUUAUAUAAAUAAAAUUGAUUGGGCCUUAAUCCUUCCCUUGUUGGAAUCAUUUCUUCCUAAUUCUUCUCAUGAAACAAAACCAAUAAAAAUUAAAAGUCAUCAAGCUAUUCGUAUGGAAAUUUUGCAAAAAACUGUAAAAGUCAUUCAAUGCAUACUGAUUGAAAGUUAUGGUUGUAUUGGUCCGAAACUUAUAGACGAAAUUGAGAAAUAUAAAGAUCAGUGUCCAUCAUUGUUGCAUAUAAUGUACACAUUGAAAUCGGUUAUGCAUGAUGUGCCUUAUCCACAUUGUCAUAUUAGAUCAGAUAAGCAUGCUUCAAUAAGUUCAAUUUUAUACGAAACAAAUGAUAAAUAACAUUUUAUACGUGUAAACUGUAUAUAUAACACUUUCUAUGAUUUGUUUACAUUAAAUAUUUUGAUCUGUUUAUUUUCUU